CAUUAAGGCAUGAUCAUAUGAAGUUUUCUAGGAUUGAUCAUACAAAAAGAUUGAAAGAAACCUCAAAGAAAACAAAGGGUUUCUUACUAGACCUUAGCUAGUUUAUAUGUAAGUUUUGCCUUCGAAUCUGUCAUCUUCUUCAAUCUUUUGCUCCCAUGGCGACCUUUUUUGAGUAGUCCUAGGUUAAAGAAGACACCCGCCUGUUCUUUUUCUUACAAAUCAUGGUGUUUUUCAUACUACUUUGAGUCAGAUCAACAAACUACUGUUCAUCUUCUCCCUUUUGUUUCCCUUUUUUUUGGAGUUUUGGAUAUGGAUUCUCUUCAAGGUUUCGAAACCCUGAAUUCUAACCCUUCUUUCACUGCUUUAACCCCGAAUUUUCCCGGGAGCCUGUCGAUGACCACCGUUACCACCACCGGAAAAGGAAACGGGAACCCUUUGUCGGUGACGGCUUCAUCUUCCUCGUCCACUUCUCCGACUACUCUCAGCCGCUACGAGAACCAAAAGCGUCGUGACUGGAACACUUUCGGCCAAUACCUCUGCAACCACCGCCCGCCUCUCUCGCUCUCCCGCUGCAGCGGCGCGCACGUCCUGGAAUUUCUCCGGUACCUCGACCAGUUCGGAAAAACCAAAGUCCACACCACACUUUGCCCUUUCUUUGGCCACCCUAAUCCGCCGGCUCCAUGCCCCUGCCCUCUCCGUCAAGCUUGGGGAAGCCUAGAUGCUCUCAUCGGCCGCCUUCGUGCCGCCUUCGAGGAGCACGGAGGCAAGCCCGAAGCAAACCCGUUCGGUGCUAGAGCUGUUAGGCUUUACCUACGUGAGAUUCGUGAUUCACAGGCCAAGGCCCGAGGCAUAAGCUACGAGAAGAAGAAAAGGAAACGACCACCGCAAGCUCCUCCAUCUCCUCCGCCAUUAAAUCAAAGGCAGUAAGCAAAAAACAAAGAA